GCUGGCACAGCGGUUCAUAGUGAAGUUAACUGUUGGUGAGCGACUCCUGCUGCGAGCGCCUGUCUCCGAAGUAGCAAGGCACCUUCAGCUUUGGCCACUGCUGGUUCUGCGCGCUGCUCGUGUCAUCUACGGCCGCGGCCCUUACUAGUCCAGUGUAAUGGAGAGCGGCGGGAGCGGGUCCGUGUCCGUGCGCGGAGCCGGCCGAGAGAAGAAGAAAAGCAAGAAUGCUGACGAGUCUUCGGUAGCUGCAGUAGCAGGAGAGCCAGGUGGAAGCGGCGGUGGUAAACCGCGGAAAUUCAACUUGAAGCGUGUAAUGGCAGAUGAGCUUGAAAGGUUCACUAGCAUGAGGAUAAAGAAGGAGAAAGAAAAACCCAAUACAACAUAUAGGAAUUCAUCUACUUCAUACUCAGAUAUUUCUGGGUCAGGUCAGACAUUGCAGGAUAUCUCUGAUGAAGAUGUGCUGGUUCUCUUUGAGCAGAUGCUGGUGGAUAUGAAUCUAAAUGAGGAAAAGCAGCAGCCUCUAAGGGAGAAAGACAUUAGUAUCAAGAGAGAAAUGGUGUCUCAGUACCUGCAUACUUCCAAAGCUGGCAUGAGUCAAAAGGAGAGCUCGAAGUCUCCUAUUAUGUACAUUCAAGAACUAAAAUCUGGUCUUAAAGAUGCACAGCUCCUUGGAUGUUUGGAGUCUCUACGUGUGUCGCUCAAUAACAAUCCUGUCAGCUGGGUGCAGAAUUUUGGAGCUGAAGGUCUGAAUUGCCUGCUGGACAUAUUGAAAGGUCUUCAUGAUGAGAAGGAUGAGUUUUCUGGGUCAUAUGACUUCAGGAUUGAACAUGAAAUUAUUAGAUGCUUAAAAGCUUUUAUGAACAACAAAUUUGGAAUUAAGACGAUGCUUGAAACAGAUGAUGGGAUUCUACUUUUGGCAAAAGCAGUUGAUCCUAAAGUCCCUACAAUGAUGAUUGACGCUAUCAAGCUACUCUCUGCUCUCUGCAUCCUGCCUCAGCCUGUGGAUAUGCACGAGCAAGUUUUGGGAGCAUUGACUGAACGUGCAGAAAUGGAUGAAGUAGAACGAUUUAAACCCAUUGUGGAUGGCUUGAAAAGUCAAACUUCAGUGGCAUUAAAGGUAGCAUGUCUACAGUUGAUCAAUGCUCUAAUCAUCCCAUCAGAUGAACUUGACUUCAGAGUGCACAUCCGCAGUGAAUUAAUGCGCUCUGGACUGCAGCAAAUCCUCAAGGAAUUGCAUGCUCAAGACAAUGAGGAGCUGAAACUACAGCUGCAAGUAUUUGAAGAAUAUGGUGAAGAAGAUUCUGCAGAACUCAGAGGCCGCUUGGAAGACAUUCGAAUAGAAAUGGAUGAUUUCAACGAAAUCUUCCAGAUUCUCCUGAAUACAGUAAAGGAUUCUAAGGCAGAACAACAUUUUCUCUCAAUUUUGCAGCACUUCCUGCUAAUCCGCAAUGACUAUGAGGCCAGGCCUCAAUAUUUUAAACUAAUCGAUGAAUGCAUUUCACAGAUAGUUCUGUUCAGGAAUGGGGCUGACCCAGACUUUAAACGCAAACACUUUGACUUUAAUGUUGAGGCCUUAAUAGAUAAUUCCAUUGAUCAAACUAAGGUGGCAAAAAGUGAAGCUAAAACCCUGGAGUUAGAGAAGAAGCUGGAAUCUGAGUUGACUGCACGUCAUGAAUUACAAGUUGAAAUGAAGAAGAAGGAAAAUGAUUUUGAGGAAAAAAUUCAAAAUCUACUUCAGGAGAAAGAAACAGUGGUAGCUGAGAAACAGCGUAUUACCUCAGAGAAGCAAAACUUAGAAAUUAAUAGUUCUUUGUUGAAAGAUGAGAUUGCUCUGCUGACUAAAGAACUUGACGAACUUAAGAAGAAGAAAAUGAAGCAUGUCAUUUCAUCUGUGGGUUUCCCAUCACAGCAACCAUUACCUACCGGGACAGAAAGUCACGAAAUCACUUCAUCCUUUUCUUCACAAACUGUUUCCCCUUCACCUGCUCUAUCUGAGAUGUCAGGGCCUCCUCCUCCUCCCCCCACUUUGCCUGGGAUGCUGGGAUUACCACCUCCCCCACCCCCUCCCCUACAUCUACCUGGGAUGCCGGGGUUGCCUCCUCCCCCACCACCUCUACCUGGGAUGUUGGGGUUGCCCCCUCCCCCACCACCUCUUCCUGGGGCACCAGGGGUGCCCCCUCCCCCACCACCUCUGCCUGGUAUGCCAGGGUUACCCCCUCCCCCACCACCUGUGCCCAGUAUGCCAGGGUUACCCCUCCCCACCACCUGUGCCUGUUAUGCCAGGGUUACCCCUCCCCACCACCUCUGCCCAAUAUGCCAGGGUUACCCCUCCCCACCACCUCUGCCUGGUAUGCCAGGGUUACCCCCUCCCCCACCACCUCUGCCCAGUAUGCCAGGGUUACCCCCUCCCCCACCACCUUUGCCUGGGAUGUCAGGGCCGCUCCCUCCAUGUCAGUUUGGGAUACCACCUCCUCCUACUUUAUCUGGUUUUGGAAUUAUGGCAACCCCAAUUCUUCCAUUUGGAUUGCCUCCCAAGAAGGUUUACAAACCAGAAGUUCAACUUAGGAGAACUAACUGGUCCAAGAUUACAGCACAGGAAUUAUCUGAAGGCUGUUUCUGGGUGAAAGCUAAGGAGGAUCGUUAUGAGAGUGAUGAUCUUUUUGCCAAGCUAACACUUCGUUUCUCUACUGCACAGACCAAAUCAAAAAAGCAACCUGAGAGUGGAGAGGAAAAGAACCAAGCUAAGAAGAAAGUCAAGGAGCUGAGAGUGCUAGAUUCAAAAAAUGCUCAGAACCUUUCUAUUUUUUUGGGCUCCUUUCGCUUGCCUUAUGAGGAAAUCAAGAAUGCCAUCUUGGAGGUGAAUGAAGCUGUGUUGACUGAAUCCAUGGUGCAGAAUCUGAUUAAGUUAAUGCCUGAACCAGACAAGUUGAAGAUGAUCGCAGGACUAAAAGAAGAAUAUAAUGAACUAGCUGAGUCUGAGCAAUUUGGAAUUGUGAUUAGUUCAGUUUCCCAUCUGCUACCAAGACUCAGUGCUAUACUUUUCAAGCUACAGUUUAAUGAACAGGUAGAAAACAUAAAGCCAGAUAUUGUUGCUGUUACAGCAGCCUGUGAGGAACUUCGCAAUAGUGAGAACUUUGGUAGUCUUCUCUCCAUUAUCCUCCUUGUGGGCAACUACAUGAAUUCUGGCUCCAUGAAUGCUGGGGCCUUUGGAUUCAACAUUAGUUUUGUUUGCAAGCUUCGUGACACAAAGUCAACUGAUCAGAAGAUGACCUUACUUCAUUUUUUGGCGGAAACAUGUGAACUACAAUAUCCAGAUAUCCUGAAUUUUCCCGAUGAACUCAUCCAUGUGGAAAAAGCUUGUCAAGACACACACUGAUCUUUCUUUGGGUAUCCAGCAGAGACGGCCCUUCCAGGAUUGCAAGGCUGAAGACUUCAGAUGGAGCAUUUUGGAGAUGUGUGUCUGUGCUGCGAUCCCAAGUAAAGAAUGAUCGGCAGGAAAAGGGGGAGGAGACUGGCAGCUGGAAAUCUGGGCUGAGUUGCCCACCCCUCGCUAGCUCAGUUGAUCAGCGGGCAGCAAUUAAGAGGCUGAACCUUGAUGAGGUGACCAGGAAGGGAAGGGCUGCCUCCUGUGCUAGCCAUGUCCACCCCUUCACUAGGGCUUAUUUUUGCGGGAGGGCGCAUAUUUAUGCCCACCCCAAAAAUCAGGCUUGGCCUUAUUUUCAGGACAUUUCAUAUUUUCGGGGAAACAGGGUAGAUAGGGCCCAGUGUUCAAGUCUGUCAAGAUCCUUCUGGAUCUUGAAUCUGUUUUCUAAAGUGUUUUCUAUUCUUCCCAUUCUAUUAUUAUUCUUGGUGUUGUCUGCAAAUUUGAUGAGUUCCUGUUUUAUCCCCUCAUCUAAAUAGUUUAUGAAGAUGUUGAAGAGUACUGGGCCUAAGAUUGAAUCUGGGGUACCACACUGCAUAUUUCCAUACAUGUAGAUGUAGUUCCAUUGUGGACUACAUGUUGAGUGAGAUUUAUCAGCCACUUAUAAAUCCAUCUGGUAAUGAUGCUGUCUAUUUCACAUAUUUCUAUCUUACCAAGAAUUAGGUUGUAGUAUAUUUUGUCAAGUGCCUUACUGAAGUCCAAGUAUACUAUGUCCACAGCAUUUUGAUGGUCCACUAAUUUAGUGACUGACUGGUUUGUAGUUUCCUGGAUCCAUUUUUUUCACUUUUUUGAAGAUGGGAACGAUGUGAACUUUUUCCAGUCCUCUGGUAGUUCCCUGGUGCUCCAGGAUCCUUUUUGUCUUUCAGUUUAUCAGAGAAUUCUUUAUGCACCCAUUCUGGUUUCUUCUUGGAUCUUCUUAUUUUUCUUUUUCAAUGAUAUUGUGCUGCACUGGAAUUUAUAAUCACAUUUUUCAGAGUUUCCUAAGCUUCUUGAGUUGUUUUCCUCUUUAAGGAAUCUUUCCCAAUCUCUCUCUAAGUUUACUAAAAUCAGUUAUUUUAAAAUCUAAGACAAUAGUUUGAUUUUGUUGUAUUACUUGUAUCUGCAUUAUAUUGAAUUCUAAUCUGAUAUGGUCACACUUCCCCAAAUUUUGAAAUCUUUGAAAGUUAUGAAUAAUGAAGUUAGUAUGUCAAUGCAAUAUAAUGGGUCCCCUGUUAGAUCAAUAAACAAGUAUCUCGUAUCUAAGAAUCCAAGAUUUCUGAGACUGAUAUAUUGAUAGACUUUACUAACACUUCACGAAGAUAGACUCUUCAGAAGGUUCUUGACAGAUUUCAGCAUUGGGCCUUAUCCAACAAGAUGUAAUCCAUUGGUGAGAAAAUUAAGCACCUGCACUUAGGCAGGAAAAAUCAAAUUGUAUAGAAUAGAUGGUACCUGGUUCAUAGCAAUUGUGAGAGGGAUCUAGCUGUCCUAGUAGAUCUAGUGAACCAGUUAGCAUAGUUCUACAACUGCUAAUGCAGUUCCAGGCUGCAUCAAAAGAGAGAUAGCAUCAAGAUCACAAGAAGUGAUAGUACUGCUUUAUACUGCAUUAAUGAGGCCGCACUUGGAAUAGUGCAUCCAGGUCUGGUCAGCAUAAUACAAAAAAGAUGCUGGUAUCCUAGAAGGAGUGCAGAAAAGAGCAACAAAUGAUAAGGGUUCUGGAGGCUAAGCCAUACAAUGAACAAUUAAGAGAACUAGGUAUGCAUAACCUAAUGAAGAGAAGGAUUAGGGGUGACAUGAUAGUUGUCUUCCAGUACUUGAAGGGCUGUCACAGAGAAGAGGGAGUUGACUUAUUCUCCAAAGCGCCACAGGGCGGGACAAGAAGUAAUGAGUGGAAGCUCAUUAAAGAAAGAUUCAACCUGGAACCAAGGAGAAAUUUCCUGACAUUGAAAACAAUUAAUCAAUGCCUCCUGAUUUUUCUGAUGCUCCAUCUCUGGAGGUUUUCAAGAAUAAGUUGGACAACCAUUUGUCUGAAAUGGUAUAAGGUUUCCUGCCUUGGGUUGGGGGUUUGAACUAGAAGUCCUCCAAGAUCCUUUCCAGCC